AUGGUUGAGCCUAAGAGACUGCUCUGGGCUGCGAGAGAGGAACUCCAGACAGACAACCAGGACAUCGAGACAGAAAACGUGACCCUCGAGGUAGGACACCAGGACUUCCAGAGAGAAAACGUGACCCUUGAGGUAGGAGACCAAGUCUUCCAGAGAGAAAACGUGACCCUCGAGGUAGGACACCAGGACUUCCAGAGAGAAAACGUGACCCUUGAGGUAGGAGACCAAGUCUUCCAGAGAGAAAAUCAGGAUCUCCUGAGACAAAUCCAGAAAGUCCAGAGAGAACACCUAUCUGGCCAGAUAGAAAAAGAGCACGUCCAGAGACAAAACCAAGUCCUCGGAAGACAAAAUGUGGCCGUCCUGAAAGAAUCACAGGACCUCCAGAGAGAAAAUCAGGAACUCCAGACAAAAUACCGGGACCUCCAAAGAGAAACACAGGACGUACAGAGAGAAAAGGAUGAAAUCCAGACAAAGAACCAGGACCUCCAAAGAGAAAACCAGCAACUACAGGGAGAAAACCAAGACAUCCAGAGAGAAAACCAGCAACUACAGGGAGAAAACCAAGACAUCCAGAGAGUAAAGAAGUUACUCCAAAGAGAAAAGAGGCAACUCCAGAGAGAAAUUCAGCAUCUCCAGAGAGAAAUUCAGCAACUACAGGGAGGAAACCACCAGGAACUACAGGGAGAAAACCCAGACAUCCGUAGAGAAAACCAGCAACUCCAGAGAGAAAAUAAGCAACUCCAGGGAGAAGUCCAGCAACUACAGGUAGAAAACCAGUCCCUGAGAGUGACUCCAGAGGAGCUGGGAUUACAACUCAGGCUUGUGGCGGACCAAGUCAAUGCUCCCUGUGUUCACCCCUCUCUCUCUGCCUGUCUCUCCUUUUGUCUGACAGAGACAGUGAUGGACACGAGGACGGCGACAGCUGAGCUCGGCUGGAUAUCGUUCCCUGCCAAUGGAUGGGAGGAGGUGAGCGGCUAUGAUGAGAACCUCAACACCAUCCGGACGUACCAGGUGUGCAACGUGUUCGAGCCCAGCCAGAACAACUGGCUCCUCACCACCUACGUCGACCGGCGGGCGGCACAGCGCAUCUACGUGGAAAUCCGGUUCACCGUGCGCGACUGCGCCUCCAUCCCCAGCGUCCUGGGCUCCUGCAAAGAGACGUUCAACCUCUACUACCUGGAGACGGACAGGACCGUGUCUGAGGGCAUCAAAGGGGUGGAGUACUGGGCCAACGCGCCUUUUCUCAAGGUGGACACCAUCGCAGCAGAUGAGAGUUUCUCCCAGGUUGAUUUCGGAGGGAGGCUAAUGAAGGUGAACACAGAAGUGCGGAGCUUUGGGCCGCUGUCCAAAGGCAGAGGCUUCCACUUGGCCUUCCAGGAUCUGGGGGCCUGCAUGUCCCUGCUGGCUGUCAGAGUGUUCUACAAGAAGUGUCCCAGCGUGGUGCAGAACUUUGCUUUUUUCCCAGAGACGCUGACUGGAGCAGAGUCCACCUCAUUAGUCAUUGCCAGAGGAAGCUGCAUUCCCAACGCGGAGGAGGUGGACGUGCCAAUAAAGCUUUACUGUAACGGAGAUGGAGAGUGGAUGGUUCCCAUCGGCAGCUGCAGCUGCAAGUCGGGUUACGAACCGGACAAUGGCAACGUGUGUAGAGCCUGUCCUCAGGGCACCUUUAAGUCCUUCCAGGGGGGAGGAUUGUGUCAGCAGUGUCCGCUCAACAGUCGCUCCACCAUCGAGGCGGCCACCCUCUGCGGCUGCUGGAACGGCUUUUACCGCGGCGACAUGGACAAACCUGAGGACGUGUGCACCAGUGUCCCCUCAGCUCCUCGCAAUCUGGUCUCAGUCGUCAACCAGACGUCGGUGCUGCUGGAGUGGCACACGCCGCGGGACACGGGCCACCGCGGCGACCUGUCUUACAACGUGGUGUGCCGCCGGUGCCACAGCAACGAGCGCCGGGCGUGUCAGCCGUGUGACGACAGCGUGGUGUUCGUCCCAGGCAAGCGGCGGUUGAGGGACACGAUGGCGGAGAUCAGCAAGCUGCGGGCGCACACGUCGUACACCUUCGACGUACAGGCAAUCAAUGGAGUCUCCAACAAGAGCCCUUACCCCGCCCAGCAUCUGUCAAUCAACAUAACAACCAAUCAGGCUGCUCCCUCAGUAGUUCCCAUAAUGCACCAAGUCAGCUCAACAAGCCGCAGUUUCUCGUUGUCAUGGCCACCGCCUGAACAGCCCAACGGAAUUAUCCUCGACUACGAGAUACGAUACUAUGACAAGUCCCAGUCAUCGCACCUGAACAGCUCAGUGGUCCAGAGCGAGGCGCCCAACAUGGUUCUGGAGGGACUGAGGCCUGGAACCGGCUACGUGGUCCAGGUGAGGGCCCGCACUGUGGCUGGCUACGGAGCCUACAGCAGAGAGAUGCUCUUCCAAACACUCACCGACGAUGAGUAUAAGUCAGAGCUUGGACAGCAGCUCUCCAUGAUUGCCGGCUCUUUAGUGGCUGGAGUGUGUAUCGUCUCAUUGGUUGCUAUCGCCAUCAUCUGUUCCAGGAGACGGCAGCUGAAGGAGAGUUUGUACGGUGACAAGCUGCCGCAGUACAACACAGGAGAGGCGACUCUGAGGCCUGACAUGUUCAGCGGCCCCACCCCCACCGUGACCUUUCCCACCCUGUCUGAGGGUCACAGUUCACCGGGGGUCAAGAUCUACAUCGACCCCUUCACCUACGAGGACCCCAACGAGGCGGUGCGGGAGUUUGCCAAGGAAAUCGACCCGUCCUGUGUGAAAAUAGAGGAAGUAGUCGGAUCAGGUGAGUUCGGCGAGGUGUACAAAGGCCGCCUGAAGCCCGUUGGGAAAAAGGAAAUUUCCGUGGCCAUCAAGACCCUGAAGGUGGGCUACUCCGAGAGGCAGAGGAGGGACUUCUUGUCCGAGGCGUCAAUCAUGGGCCAGUUUGACCAACCGAACAUCAUCAGACUGGAGGGCGUGGUCACCAAGAGCCGGCCCACGAUGAUCAUCACGGAGAUGAUGGAGAACGGAGCUCUGGACUCGUUUCUCCGGCAGAAUGAUGGCCAGUUCUCAGUGAUCCAGCUGGUUGGUAUGCUGAGGGGCAUCGCGUCUGGAAUGAGGUACCUGGCGGAGAUGAGCUAUGUUCACCGGGACCUGGCAGCUCGAAACAUCUUGGUGAACAGUAACCUGGUGUGUAAGGUGUCCGACUUUGGCCUCUCACGCUAUCUGGAGGAAGACACGUCUGACCCCACCUACACCAGCUCACUGGGCGGUAAAAUCCCCGUGCGCUGGACGGCUCCGGAGGCGAUCGCCUACAGGAAGUUCACGUCCGCCUCAGAUGUGUGGAGUUAUGGGAUCGUCACCUGGGAGGUGAUGGCAUACGGAGAGAGACCUUACUGGGACAUGAGCAACCAAGAUGUGAUAAACGCCAUCGAGCAGGACUUCAGGCUGCCGGCGCCGAUGGACUGCCCAGUCGUGAUGCACCAGCUGAUGCUGGACUGUUGGCAGAAGGACAGGAACGCUCGGCCAAAGUUCCCCGAUAUUGUCAGCAUGUUGGACAAGAUGAUACGCAACCCUGCCUCUCUCAAAGCCGGCACCAACAACAUGGCCCCUGGUCCGUCCCAUCAUCCCCUGUUAGACCGCGGAGCUCCGGACCUGAGCAGGCUGAGCUCGGUGGAGGACUGGCUGGCCGCUCUGAAGAUGACCCAGUAUCGUGACUCCUUCCUGGGCUCCGGUUUCACGUCUUUGCCGCUCGUCACACAAAUCACAGCUGAAGAUCUCCAGAGAAUCGGAGUGUCUCUCGCCGGACACCAGAAGAAGAUCCUGACCAGUGUUCAGUCGAUGAGGCAUCACGACGACGACGAUGACGACCAGUCUCCCACUGAAUCAGUGUAACCACACAGGAGUGAUGCACUAAGAGAAUAUUGUGACCGGGUGCCCAGUCUGGAACAACCAGACUCUACACUUUGUCUUUACACUUGUGUUUCCCCUGCACACUGCUCAGUGCUGCUCCUGGAGAUUUGACAGCAGAUUUGACAGCAGAUCUCUUUUAAUCAUCGGACCGACCUCUUCCGGGCCACGUGGCUUCCUAACUUAAAAAAAAGAGGAGUAAAGAGGAUUUGGAUUUCUUCAGUGACUACAGUUACAUCCACUCCCAUGAAGACUCUGUACAUUUUACUGAUGGAAAUGAAACCAUUUUUUACCGACAUGUUUGAUUCAAGGAUGAACUGGCCUGUUUUUUUUAUUUACGGAUAACCCACACAAAGACUGUGAAGAGACUGUGGUCAGGUGUUUAUAUGUUGGCGAGCAAACUGGACCGAAAAGCCUGACUCGCGUUCCACAAAGCUUCUUGACACGAGACCUUCCACAGGCUCUGAUAUCUUCUUGUCUGUUCUGUUUAGUUUGUUGGUGAAAUUCGCCGCCGUUUGACAAGAGUCGACGGUUUUAACGGCAUGUUUCUGAAUCUCUCUUCAUAUUGAAGAGUCUGUACAUCUUGUAAUUUUGGGAUAUUUAUUUCCUAUACGCUCGUUUGCUUUCACGUCUGCCAACAGCAUCGGACAAUUAAUUGUCACUGGAGUGUUUGUGAGUUCCCUGUGAUUAUCUCCCUCUGCCUGACUCAUCACUGGAACCGGCUUUGAAGUGCUGUGGACCGCGCACACACAAAAAAUUUGGAAAACAGGUUUCAUAGUGGUUUUUUUGUACUUUCCAUGCAGCCAUGAAAGGAUAAACUCUUCCAUGCAGAGAGCCAGAGAUGCCUGUCCUACUUAAAUACCCAGAGUCCUCAGAGCAAACUCCUGAUGGAUGAUGUUUUACAAUCAGCACUAAUGCCCUUCGAGUAAAGCCAAUUAUGGAUCAGAAAACAGCAUCAAAAUCCGAGGGAAAUGUUGCACCACGGCGGCGUGACAACUUACUUCCCUGGCGAGGAAGGAAGGAAGGCGGCCGCGUACUUAGAGGAAGAGAAGAAGAGAAGGACUGUGGGUAUGGAGGCGUUACCAGCUGCUGAGAGGCACCUGUUGCGGACGCAGAAAGCAAAAUGUGUCGUCAUCCAAUAAUAAAUAAAUUGUGAUUUGGCUGCGGAUUCCGACGCCGGCUGCCAGUUGAGCAUUGAGCACACGAGCAAACCAACGCUCGUGUUCUGUUCACGCGUUGGAAUCAAGUGCAUGGCUGCUGUCCAGAUGCUAAUCAUCGCUCUGCAGCAGACACACACACACACACACACACACACACACACACACACACACACACACACACACACACACACACACACACACACACACACACACACACACACGCACGCACGCAGGCAGGCAGGGUCCCCGGUGUUAAUUCAUCUGUAUUUCUUUGUUAUGCAUCGGCUGCCAGACAUGUCACCGUCGUCCGACUCUGUUUUGACAGUCACAUUUCCCAACUGACAGCGCUGAUUAAAUUCCGUUGUGUCAGUUCGUAGAUGAAACGACACGACGCGACCUAUGCGUGUUUCUCAUCUGCGCGCGACAACCUUUUCAACGCAAACCCCACAAUGAUUGAUUCCUCAGACGCGUCGGGAGAAAAAGAUGUUACAGCGCAAAUACAAAAUGCUGGAGGUCAAGAAGGAAACCAGCGGGGGUUAUUUAUCAUGCGUUAAUACUUCAAACGUGACGUCCGGCUCGUGAGGCUUCACGGAAUAUGAUAUAAUGAAGGCCUGAGCUCACUGCAGGGCGCUCGGGGUGGAGCAGCAAUGGGAGAUCUCUUUUUAUCUCAGCGUUGAGCAGAUUACCAGCUGUGGAACAACAGCCGGCCCGUUCUGCCACCGAAACCUCUGGUCAUGCGUGUGCACCCACAUCCUGAGGAUUACCCGCCUGCAGCACUGAUUGGAUGUCACGAUUCUGUUUGUCAUCCGCAGUGAGCCGUGCUCACAAUGAGAGAAGUGGCAGCGUCGGGGUUGUUUGCUCUCAUCGCGGCGUGUCCGACACAACGACGUGUUUGUGUGUUUGUGUCUCGCGCCGCUGAUCUCGACUGCUGGGACGCCCCCAACGACUUUUAUUUAUGAAAGUUGUGACAUUGAGAGGUCCGCAGUUAUUUUAAACCCUCCAAGCAUUUCAGUUUUCUGCUUUUUUCGGCCCGAAAACGCCGGCAUUGGCCGCAAUUGCAUUUGUUGCCCUGGCAACGAUAGCUUAUUGAGAAUUUUAUCAGAAAGUAUUGAGAUCAACUGGGAGCGAGUCAGUGGCUCAGAGGCUUAAUUCGUUGUAAAUAGAUGCUUCUGGAAGAAGAGUUUCAGCUCUGGCUCGGGGGUUUAAUAAAGAGUGAGAUGAGUCGUGUGCCUAAAAGCUCAUAUUAAACACCACCUUAACAGAUAUGUCAUGCACAGGAAACAGGCGAUCAACACAGAGAUGAAUCUUAAUCCAUUAUGUAACAUCUGCGGCUGAGUGUCUAUUCCUCAUUUCAUACCGUGUUAUUGUCUUCUGGUAUUUUUAACGACGUUCGAUGUGACUCUUCAGACAUUUCACGUUGUCAGUGUUUGUGAAAAAGACGACACGACGCACAGCACAUCUUGUAUUUACGCGACGAACGAGCACAAAUAUUUACCACAGAGACAAUAUCUCAGGUAUACACUGUCCACGCUGCUGCACUGGUUAAAUCCUGCACUAUAGAGAUGAAGUGCUUUAAGAGUUUAUGGAGAAAAAGUGUUUUUGAAGUUGAGUUUUCUUAAUUAUGUCCACGUUAAAUCCAGCCUCAGCCCCUUAAGACACAGAUACAGGUUUAGGUGAUGAAUCGUAGUCGGUGUUAAUGAACGGUCAGAUUAUAUCACUGCCGAACAUUUCUGGUUAAAGGAUGAAUUAAAUUUAAAGAGACAGGAGCUAAAACCUCAAAGUGUUUCAGACAGAGGCUGAAAAGAGGAGCUGCAGCGACGGACAGUUUGAGGAAAGUGUUUUCUGAGCAUUAGACCAUGAAAAGCUUUUUAAGUAAUAACACAAAUUAGGAUUAUGAACCUGAAUAUGUUGAGUUGAAUUCCCAAAUUAACUUGCCACCAUAUCUAUGACCAUUUGUAAAAAACCCUAUUGUAUUCUGGUCUGCUGGGGUCAUACUGUCGAUGGAUGGAUUUCUUUCCAUUCAUCGUUGAACGGAGGUAAAAGCGGCAGCAGCCGACAAAAGAGCUCAGUGUUUGAUUCUGAGGGCCUGACACCAAAACCUGACAUUUACUGCAGAUGUUUCAGAUAAAGAAACUACAUCCAGACUCCACUGUAUCCGUGCUGGACAUACAUCAACAUGAUGUGGCAUAAUGUUUGGCCAAUUAAGCGCGGCAAUGGGACAAAUGGACCACUUUGAUGCAAAACAGGCCCCCGAAAUGCAAGGUGCAUCAGCGGCAGCUCCUCUGAGUGCUUUUGGGUGGAUUGAUCGUUUAAUUGCAGUUAUUUUCUGGAAGCUGGACCAACCCGGCUCUUCUCUCCUGUUGCUCUGCUGUAAUAGAUACCGUGGGGGAGGCUGGAGAUGAGAGGAGAUGAGUUAUGAAGAGAAGAGAAAAGUGAAAGGGAAUAGGUAAUGGAGACGGGAAGGAAGCACAAUAACAGAGAAAAGGGAGAUGGGGGGGGGGGCACGAGAGGCAAAGCCUGACUCUGGUGUUUGAAUAAAAAUGAGGCUGGGGCGUGGAGAGAUUACUCUUUCUCUUUUUGUCUCCUUCUGCUUCUCCCUGCUCGACCCAGCCGUCCUCUUUCUUCUUCUGAUGCCCCGAACCUCUCUGAGCGACUCGCUCUGCUUCCAGGCUGCGUUUCCACCGGCGCCUUCGACAGUGGCUUUUAAAGUCGAGCAAUCUUUCUAUUUCAGAUGCACUGUUUCCACGAACCUGUUCAACGUGCAUCUGAAGUAUAUCUGGAAAGUUUCAGUUUCAAGACGAUACUUUUUCUCUACCUUACAUGUUCUUAUUUUACAUUCACACUGCUCAUCAAACUCCAACUUGACUUCUUGUCGUCCCUCUUGAAACUGACAUUUUUCUGGAUGGAUUGUGAUGUAAUUGUGUUCAUAGAUUCAAGAUCCCAAAACGUUAAAGCUUUCAUCAGCGCCACCAUGAGGCUAACUUGUUACGUUAUGAGUGAAAUGUCUCAAUGCCUGUUGGAUGACAUGUUCGUGACACUUAGAUUGUAAAUAAAGAUGGACGACGUGUCUCCACUUCCUGCCGCUGUAACGAAAAUGAAAUCAAAAUAUUCUGGAUAAGGGCGCCGCCAUCUUGCGCUGGUGACGUAGUUUUGGAGCAGCAGGGAGGUGUGGCCUCAAGUCAGUCUCAGCUGUCAGUCAUGAUGACUCAUUAAAACCAAACUUAUCAGAAACAUGAACACUUGAAGACACAGUAUUAUGAGAUGAACUACCUAAAUAAACCUUUGAGAAAUAUAUAUUUGAUUUAUAGUGUGGGACUUUUUAACUUCUCAUCUGCUCACAUGGAAGGGGUGGGGUUUACGACCAAUACCGCAGCCAGCCACCAGGGGGUCACUUUCGGGGAGCCUUCACGUCGUCCAUCUUUAUAUUCAGUCCACGUGCGACGUUUUAAUCUUUCCUGUGAUGUCACGAUCAAAUUAACAUCUCAUUUUGUCCAACACAUACAUGGUUUAACCAGAUACCACCAAAGCAAAGACGUUUACUUGUUAAACAUCAUUAAGAAAGCAUUGGCAAUUUUGAUAUUGACAUUAGCAUUUAGCUCAAACACAGCAGUGCUGAAGUAUUAUCUCUUGUUGGUCUCUACAAAACAUUACUGCAGUAUUUAGUUGUUUUUGAGUUUUCUGAGGAGUUAAAUCUCAAAACUGUGAACACGAAGGUUUAAGAGCUCGGUCUUGUUCCUGUUUUAUUUUCAAUGUUAAUUUAUUGGCUUUUCUAUGACGAUACUUUUGUACGUAAUGUUCGUUUCUCUUGAGAAAAGAAAAACAGCUCAUUAAUCUGCUGUCGUCUGCCUUUCUGUUUAUAUGUGUUUCUAGUGCUCGUUCAGUCAGAGCAUCCCACUGUAAUGUAUCAUAACACUGUAAUAUAAUGUAAGUAUGCGCACGCCUGCGUGUGUGUGUGUGUGCGUGCUGUUCAGUGUACAGUAACUUGUUUGUACAUUGUGCGUGUGUGAGUUUGUAGCCGUGAACUUUCUGAAUAUUACAUUUACAAUGCACUGUUUGUCAAUAAAGAAGACAAAUCAAUCAAACUGA